AAGGACUUAACUAGAUAUUUAUCUUUCUGUGCAUGUCGCCGAUAGGUUUAACACGUUUUUAAGAGAAAACUAAUCCCUAAUUGUAUGGACAGGGUCCAUAAAUCUGAUCUAGAAAAAAAAAAUUCAAAUAUUUUAUUAGAUAUUUAGAUUCUGCGCGACAUACCUCUUCCGGUCAAGACUGCGCUCAUCAACAUGGCCGUGGACGAUAUUUCGGAUAAGCAACUUGUUGAAGAGUUAGCUAAAUAUGGAGAAAAGAUAACACUACCAUUAAAAACUGGAAAGAGGGAAAUACUGAUUAAGAAACUUAAUCAUUUUAGAGUAAGAGAAAGGUCCGACGAAUCACCAAUAAAGAAGAGUGGCCGAAACCGACGAACACUUGACGCGGUUAGUUCAGAUGAAAGCGAUUCGUCUUCAAAGGAAGAUGUUGCUUCUGGCUCAUCUCAGACUUUUCUGAAAUCAGUUCGGCGCCGAUCAGCUGCAGCGUCCAAUACACAAUCAAAUGUUGAUGAUGAGGGGUUUAAGCGUCCAACGCCUCGUCGAAGCAGACGAUCUGAGCCAGUGGUUCCUAUGUCAACAAAUAAAACAUCUCGAAGUAGCUCCAAAUUGUAUCCAAGUAGUAGAUUAAAUGACAAAUCCACUGGUUAUGUGGACUCUUCUACCCAAUCCGGACCCUCCACAUCGAAAUUUAAUAGUCUUUACGAUUAUGGCAAGAGUCUGGACACGUCAGAUUCUGAAUUAGAAAUGGAAGAAAGUUUAUAUGAGGUUGAAAACAAGUCUGUGAACACAACGCUACCAUAUGAUGAAGAUGAGGAAUUUGAAAGUAAAAUUCCCAUAAAAUCCAAUACAAAACCAACAACUCGUUAUACAUCAAGUUUUCUAAAUAGUUUUCGGAAAGAAUACCAGUUUACUCCAAGUACAAGACCGCUGCCAUCAACAUCCAGAAACAGUUAUCGAAAUACGAACAAUGACACAAAUACUAAUAACUCACAAAAACAAUCGAAGAAAAAAAAAUAUGGUUUCUAUCCAGAGCAUAUUUCAGAAGGACUUGUAGCGGUGGUUAUAUUGUUUUUUGUUUGUUUGGUAGUAGGCUAUAUGUUUGUGAAAUCAGACAAUUUUGUGUAUUCAUUGUAUGGUGGUGUGUUCCCAAAAGCAGGACCACGAUCAGAAUAUUUAUUGUGUGAAGAUGAAGAAGAUCCCACUAAAAGAUGUUAUUCUAAAGAUGAAGUUGAAACGGCCAUGAUAAUAAUUCAUGAUUUGUAUGAUCUACUCAGUACAAAAGCAGGUGAGGUAGAAUGUGGAAAUGAAGUUGAUAAAGAUAUGACAUCUGACGAUUUUAAACAACAGCUUAAAGAUAUGAAGCAUAAACGAAAGACUGUAAAAAGAUUAUAUAGUGCUUGUACAGAUCUUAUCAUUAAAAAUCCACACUGGAAGUUAAGAGCUUAUAAAGAUGAUGGUAGUGAUGCCACAGCACCAGAUGAAGUAGCUACAUUAGAAUCUGUUGUAGCAUCUAAAAGUCUAGUGUGUAGAUUAGGACAAUCAUUCUAUAGAGUUAUCACUGGCAUAAUUAUCUUCUUAACAGCCAUUCUAGUAUUAUAUUUUGGUGUUCAGUUGUAUAAAUACAGAUCGAAGAAAUCUGAUGUAGAACAAAGACGAGUGUUUAAAAUGGUGGAAGAAAUUAUUGACAUAUUAAAAGAAAAUUGUGAUAAUGAUUCUGAUGAUGAUACAAGUUAUAUGGCGGUACAACAUGUUCGGGAUCAACUUCUACCUCCACAGCAGCGUCGUGAAUUACAACCUAUCUGGAAUAAGGCUGUUAAAUUUAUAGAAGAUAAUGAGUCCAGAAUUCGACUAGAGACACAGAAUAUACAAGGAGAAGAAUUUGAAGUUUGGAGAUGGAUACAGACUGUUCCCAAUGGUGGUAAAGUUUGGCAAGGACAAGCAUUUGGAGAGCAUAAAGAAACUACGACCAGUCCUAUUAGAUAUAGUCCUACACCAUGUCUUAAAGUUAAGAAUAUGUUUGAUGCUGCUGUUGAAAGUGAAGAAGAUUGGUUUGAGAAAGUAGAAAAUGCUAUUUUAGAGAAAACUGAAGGUGUUGCUGAUAUUAUUCACAUGUUUGUUGAUGAGAAUUCUACAGAGGGUUGUGUAUAUUUGAAAUGUAGUAGUCGUGAAUCUGCAGGUAAAGCUCGACAGUGUCUCCAUGGCUGGUGGUUUGAUGGUCGCCUUAUAACAGCCAGAUAUCUGCGUCUGGAACAUUACCACAAACAAUUUCCAGAUUCUGUUAAAGCUGUUCGGCCCCUUCGUCUCCGAAAACAGCAAGACCGCUCCUCCCUCCGCCAACCGUAUUUCAGAUCAACUUUAGAGAUGACAUAAUUUAUUGAAUGUAAUCAAGUUUAGCAAGUUUUUGUACAAUCCCAGUGACUAUAUGUACUGUUAAAUAUCAUUUUGUCAUUGCAUGAGGUUAGCUGUGUAUACUCCAUUGACUGGUAACAAUGUCUACAACUCAUUGUUUUCAAUGGAUUGAAGGGUUUAUUCAUGUGCCAUCUUUGUUAAAGGGGAAGUCUCAGAUUUCCCAGGACACUGUAAAUAAUAGGUGUGUAAAUCCAAUGCCAAAUGUGAAGUAAAAUUUAAGAUGAGAAGAUUGAGCCGUUCAGAAAUAUCGCUAGGUGACAUAAGUCAUAUAUGGAAUUCCAUUCCUCAAUUUUAUGAGUGACUAGAUAAUCGUGAUCGUGGCUUACCACAAUAACAUCCGCAUGUAUAUAGACAUGGUUAUCUAGGCCCUUACACAGGUUGGAAUUUUGGACAUACGGUCAGCCUUGAAAGGAUAAUAAAAGUUGGCAUUUCUUCCAAAAGUACCAAAGAGCUACACAUAGUUGCACAGUACUAGGACAAACAUUUAUAGGAGUCCUUUACCUUAAAUUAAACAGUUUUAGUCAAUCACAUAUAUCUGGGAUUUCUCCUUUAAAUCACAUGUCAUAUGCAAUGCCAUAUGAUAGCCAGGCCUGGAAAUAACGGUUUUAGAUGUACCUGACAAAAUGUCAGGUACUAAUGAAAUAGUACCUGACAUUUCAACUUAGUGCUGGACAUGUAUUAAUAAUAUCAGUAAAAAAGACAAAUCAGUGCCAGACAAAAUGACAGGCACCAGAGGUUUUGUGGCUGACAAAUCCUCAAUCUGUGCCUGACAUUGUCUGCGACAGGUGCCUUAUUUCCAGGCUUGAUGAUAGCUCAGUUCCGAUUUGUCCUUUAAACUACAUGUCGUAUGCAGUGUCAUAUGAUAGCUCAGUUCUGAUUUUAUUUGCUUUAUUUGUUUUUCUCAAUCAGAAGAUUAAAUAAGGUACAUAUAAAGUCUAUCUGUUCACCCCACGUACACAAGGUGAACUUAGCACAGUCAAUGGAGAUUACAAACAUAAAUUAUAGUAUGCACAUAUUUCAUCAUUUUCCUAUCACAGUGAUUCAGUUUCAUGUUUAUAUACAAUAAUAUUUGUGUAUUCAGUAUUGGUUACUUAUUAAACAAAUAUAUCUGAGCUGAUACGUUUGCACAUCAGAAUUUUAUGUGUGCUUGUAAACUGUAAUUCUGGUUCUAUUUAUAUAUCAAAGUAAUUUUCUGGUACCCAAACAUAAGAUUUGUAGAAUAAGGGAACUUCAAAUUUGAGUCUUAAAAAUAGCCAGAGUUUGUAGUCGAGCACUUUCAAAAUUUUGAUUUGUAAACGUUCGGGAUAAUAAUUAAACCUACACACAUCAAAUAGCAGCAUUUCGUGUCACAUAUUUAUCCGGUGAAAAAAUUGAAUCAUUGUCUCACAGAGAAUUCAUGAGACACUAAUUUCAUUAUCAUCGUAAAUAUGAAAUUGAGAAAACAGUUGAUGGGAAUCAAAUUCUAUUUUGAUUCGUAGCAACUAUUAAUACAAAGUUACAUUGUUGGUUUUUGUAACACUCGAUAGGAUAUCAAAAAGUCAUUCCAUUUUUCUGAUAUCUCUCUAGAUUUAAGGCCAGUAAGACAUUAAUGUGAAAUUUCAAACAAAAAAAUCUCACUUUUUUAUGCUAAAUAUGUCAGUGAUAUGUCAACAUUGUCAACUGAAAUUAAAGACCGGUUUAUUGACAAUCUUGAUUAAAAUACAGAUCUACAUUUUGUUUUGAUUUUUUAUACACAUGAAGAUCUGACUGGUUGUAGUGGAAGGUCGCAUCAGGUUUAUACGAGCAGCUUUUGACCCUAUCGUGUCAGACAUUGAUUAAUCAAUCAGUGUUGACGUUUCUACUGGCUUACCCACAGUUCCAUGCACAGCACGCCCAGAACUCACCGUAACGGAAAGUUUCAUUGACUAAUCUCACACAUCAAUCAAAACCCUGGUUAUAUAACAACUCUUCCAGAUCCUAGUGUAGCAAAGACAAGUAAAAUGAAAUUUUGAACUAUAAAAAAAAAACGAAACGAAAUAGGAUCUGUGUUUUAAUCAGAUUGGUUUUUUGAUUGACUGUAAGCUCUCACCUAUUAUUAGAACAAGAUAUUCAUUUGGUAGAGAAGUGUAUCAUGAUGAUUUCAAAAACUAGUGCGUAAUUUAGUUGACUUUUUACUUUAUUCAUUUUAUAUUGUAUAAAUGAUAAAAUAGUAUAGUUGUCAUUAGCAACCAAGUUGCACCGUUAUGGAAAGUAGAUUCACAAGGAAAACAGCCAUUUGUAAAUAAAAUUUAGGUGCUUAUAGUUAAUCAUAGCUGCUUAGAAUUUUUUUUAAAUGUAUAAAUUAUAUAGAGGCAUCGUGUAUUAUUAUUAUUAUUAUGCCAUCUUUAUGUGUGUAUCGAUAUACAUAUUACAUUUUAUUACAUUCAUAUAUUCAUUCUUAUCUUCAUGUAGAAUGACUUCCAUAACAUGUAUGAUAAAGGUAGCUUGUUUAGAAUACAGGUAACCAUAACUACAUGCAGAAAGACUUUUAUAACCAAACCUGGACAUAAGGCAUUGUCACCGACUUAGUCAAGUACAAAUUAUGAUCACAAAACAUAUAUACAAACCUGGACAUCAGGCACCUGUCACAGAUGUUGUCAGGCACAAAUUAUCAUACAAUGUAUAUAUUAUAAUAUAAAUGUUGUGUGAUAAUUUGUGGCUGACAAAGUCUAUGACAGGUGUCUUAUCUCCAGGCUUGUACAUGACACUUAUGAUUAAGGUAGGUUGUUGAGUUUUUGCUUGCUUGUUGAACAAAGUAAUCAAAAUACAGGUAACCAUAAAGGAAUAAAGUGUAACAGUGACAUGACAUAAAAGUCACUUAUCGUCCAUUUCAUUUUUGACAAUAUCUAAUUUUUCAUGGAUUAAUACUUGCUAAAAUCUACCCAAAUUCAUUAUCUAACAGUUCGUUUGAAAUGUUUAAUUGAACUUAACACCUAUACUUGGCGUUGGCUUGUUUUAGUUCAUCACAUCUUUGUAAUUACUGAAUGGAACUGAACCAUUUUUAACUGAUAUUGCUUUUAGGGAGCCUACUUUCACAAUAUUUUAGUUUACUGGGGAUUCAAAAUCACUUAACUUACAUUGGCUUUAAAUAUUUUCUACCUAUGUAAAACAGAACACAACACAAGAUUUAUAUGGAUAUAACUACUUCUUUGUUAUUAAAUAACAACGUUACGUUACACUUACAGGUCACAUUCUCAAGUUAAUGACAAAUAUACAUCUAUUCAGCUUAUUUAUACAUAUUUUAGCUUAAAGAGCCAAUCCCGAUAAUAUUUUUGGAGAAUAAAACUGCUUAAUUUUGUGUUAAAAUCCCUUAAAAUUCUCUACCUUAGGGUGGAGCAACUAACUCAACAUAUGAUAUACAUUUUCAAACAACUUAAACCCGUCAGUCUUCAUCUGGAAAUGGAGACCGGUGCCCCAAGCUGUAUUAUGCAGUGACUGGAUGUAACCAGACUUUUAUUUUAAUAAAAUAAUGUGUAGGUGAAAUUUACCUUUCGUUAUCAAGUACAGCACAUGGGUCAUUCAUUGUAUAGACCUUUGACAGAACAGGAAUCGAUUAUCAGGCCAUCCGACAAAAAAAUUUACCCGAAAUCUUGAAAGGGUUACGUGUCCGGAUAAGCAGUUUUGAUGUUCACGCCCAAACGACUCAAUAUUAUGAGCUGAAAUUUUGAGGCAAGGUAAAUACAGCAUUCCUCUAUAUUUUGGCGCUUAAAUUUCAUACGUAUUCAGACUUUUAUUUUUGAGACUCUGUUCAAAUCGGGACAAUCCCUUUAAGCCAAGCUGAUUAAUAAGAAGAAACCACAAUAGAAUUGAUAUUUUCUACCUGUCUUAAACCCAUGGAAAAUAAAAUCUAUUCAACUGGCCUCUUCGUCACAAGGUCUUUAUUUGAUUUUCGCCAGCAGUGAACUUAUUUGAAAGUUACAGCUGUGCAAAAAUGAAUUUGACAAAUGUCACACUUUGUAGAAUUUAUACUUGUUCCUUUAUGGUAUAAUUAAAGCAUAAUAACUAAAUAGAAAAAAACGAAGACAGCAAUCUUUGUAUACAUGUAGCGAGACAUUUACAUAGUCAAAAAGCCAUGGAGGAGUUUGGUUACAAAAACUGACCAACUGGUUUGGAAAUACAAGUCCACCUGAAUUUGUUGAAACUAGGGCUCUCAUUUCAUUCAUAUUAACCGGUCUUGACUGAUUGACUGAAGAACUUGUUGGUUGGUCAUUUUACAUGCCAUAAAGUUGGAUAUUUCAAAGAUUAACUUUAAACACAAUAAAUAUACUGUAGUUAAUUUAUGAUUUUUAUGUGUAAAAAACACUUGGAAAUAUAUAAAAAAAAAUUGGGGAAAACGCUAAGAAAUUAUAUUCCAAGAUAAUAGAGUAUGUCAGUCAUGGACUGGUUGGCAAUAUUUUGAAAUGAAAGUCCUGGUAUGCAUAGACGGGUAUAGUUUUGAACCAUCUGGUGUGGACUGUAGUUUCUUUGUGUUCGAAUGUCAACUGAAGUGUUGGUAAAUACUUACCUGUACAUGCUUUAUUGAAUAGUUGUUAAAGACAUGAGAAAAAAUGGCAACCUUUUUUUCAUUCUUCAAUUUUAUAAUUUGUAUUGUACUCGUUUGCUUGUCUACAUUUAUUUAAUGUAUAUAAUGGUACUUAUUUUUAAAGUUUUUGCCUUGUCAGAAUUAAAGAUUUAAAACCAUAUUCAUAUUUAUAUAUAUAAAGUUAUAUGCAGUUAAAAGAAUCAACCACUUUUACUUCUAUAUAUCGGUACAUCAAAUCUUAAGCUAGCGGCCUGCAUUAAGGAAAUAGGCUUUUUCAGAUGUCAAUUGGUUGAUUCCACUUGUGGUUUAUUGUAUUCACUUUUCAGAAAUUUAUCAGAAGUGUCAAUUCUGUGAAUAGAUUGUGUCUGACUAAUGAAAGUAACUAAAACAAUUAGAUAAAUGAUAAAUUGUUUCAGUGGCAUUUAGUAAUUAAACUAGAUUACAAUUCUAUGAAAUACAAUUACAGAAUGACAUUUUGACUAGACUUCUCUAGUCAUUAUCAAGCUCAGUAAUAAGCAGUAAUUGUAGUCCAUAGAAUUGUGACCUGUCUUGGUAUAUGAUGCCAUGUUACCAUCUUGAAGUCAAACCAUAUAAAACUGAACUUGUUUCAUCUGUUAUUUGCUAUGUUUUUGUGUGUGUGUAUAAGCUUUUUUUAUUCUGUAUUGUAUUCAUUAGAUUUAUAUUAAUAUUGUAAAUUACAUUGCUAUAUGUACUAGGAUGUAGAAAUGACAUCAAAUCAGUAUUGAGUCUUCAUUUACAAUAAAACAUGCAUCUACACACAGAAGUCAUCAUUGAGUGCACACUUGUGUAUUUCUAAUUGGCAUAGUAGAAUCAAAACCAACCAUAACCCUUUUUGGAAUCUUCUUGCAGACAAAAAAACCAAAACAAGGGCAUGUACCAGAAACUUCUACAUGAAGAAUGAGUGAAUGCAUGAAAUGGGAUUUGAUGCCCUACUUUUCUGCACUUUCUGGGCUAUUGAAGACAGGCAUAUGCCAAACAGUAUGUGGCGUGCUAUGAUGAAUUGAAUUCCAACUGCUUAUACGUGCAUCCCAACCUCGGUUUUCCAUCCCAUCCGAACAAAUAGACACUGUUCCUGGCCAGGCCCUCUUUCCUGCAUCACUGAUAUGGAGAAACCACACUGGAUAAUCCUGGGAAACUUUCUUGGUUAUCCACAUGAAGAACCUACAUGUAUAUAAAGAUUAUAAACACACAAUUGACGCCAGCACAUGAUAGAUGAUGACUUUUGUCUGUUGUGGCAUCUCAGUUAGAAUGCAAUCCUAUCUUAAUAGUCAGACCUUAUUCAUGGAAUCUUAAACUAAAAUGUAUUUGUUUUUUUUUAGAAGAUGAGGUUGGGUAGACGAAUGGUUCAAGUUGUGUGCGUUAGAUCAUAAGGUCUGUCAUUGAAUCAAGUGGCAUGGUUUCGAUUCUCCACUUGUACGUGACAAGGAGUAGGGUCCUCUGUUCAACCUUGUGGGUUUUCCAUGGGUCCUCUGGUUUCCUUCCACAGCUAAAGACCCUUAAGCACAAGCAAAUUGUUAAAAUAAAAUUGAACAUAUGUAUGUUCCAAAAUGACCUAGGUUGUGUUAAAACCAAUUUCUCUCUCUCUUUCCCUCCUUUUUUUAUACGCCCACAUUUUCAUGUGGACGUAUAUUGUCGUCGCCCCAGACACUCUACAGGUCACAAUUCUUAUCCGAUUUUGACGAAACUUGAAAUAUAGGUUUAUCGCCAAAAGAUCUCGGCUGCUUUCGAUAUUGGCAUGUUUGUACAAAAAAUCACGUUUUUAGUUUGUGGACCCUAUAGAGGUCACAAUUUUUAUCCAAUUUUGUUGAAUCUUGAAUUGUUAGUUUAUAACCCAAAGAUCUCGGUUCCUUUCGAUAUUCGCGCAUAGCGGACCGUAACUUCCUGAAUUAUGGCUCCUGAUUGUACGAAAAAUCGCGUUUUUAGCAUGUGGACCCUAAAGAGGUCAUAAUUUUUAUCCGAUUUAAAAAAACGUAUUAUUAUAUCACCGUUACACCUUAAGGAUGGCCGAGUUCGAAUUUCGUGAAAAUCGGCCCCAAAUUGACAGACAAAAUGGCCGCCGUUCGUUCUCAAAUAGCGUAAAAAUAUGGUAUAUCAAGGUUGUGGACCCUAUAGAGGUCACAAUUUUUAUCCGAUUUUGUUGAAACUUGAAAUGUAAGUUUACAACCCAAAGAUCUCGGUUCCUUACGAUAUUCGCGCAUAUCGGACCGUAACUUCCUGAAUUAUGUCCCCUGAUUGUACGAAAAAUCGCGUUUUUAGCUUGUGGACUCUAUAGAGGUCAUAAUUUUUAUCCGAUUUAAAAAAACGUAUUAUUAUAUCACCGUUACACCCUAAGGACAGCUGAGUUUGAAUUUCGUGAAAAUCGGCCUCAAAUUGACAGACAGAAUGGCCGCCCUUCGUUCUCAAAUAGCGUAAAAAUAUGGUAUAUCAAGGUUGUGGACCCUAUAAAGGUCACAAUUUUUAUCCGAUUUUGUUGAAACUUGAAAUGUAAGGUUAUAAACCAAAGAUCUCGGUUCCUUUCGAUAUUCGCGCAUAUCGGACUGUAACUUCCUGAAUUAUGGCCCCUGAUUGUACCAAAAAUCGCCUUUUUAGCUUGUGGACCCUAUAGAGGUCAUAAUUUUUAUCCGAUUUAAAAAGCCGUAUUAUUAUAUCACCGUUACACCCUAAGGAUCGUUGAGUCCGAAUGAAUUGGCCCAAAAUUGAGAGACAAAAUGGCUGCAGUUCGUUCUCAAAUAGCGUAAAAAAAAUAUGGUAAAUCAAGUUUGUGGACCCUAUAGAGGUCACAAUUUUUAUCCGAUUUUGUUGAAACUUGAAAUGUAAGUUUAUAACACAAAGAUCUUCGUUCCUUUCGAUAUUUGCGCAUAUCGAAUUGUAAUUUCCUGAAUUAUGGCCCUUGAUUGUAGGAAAAAUCACUUUCUUUUUAGCUUGUUCUCUAUCCAUCUCUCGAAAAUGUGGGCGUAUCCUGCCUGGCAGCCGCUGGUUUAAUAAUACAGUAUAUUUAUUUGCACGGGAGCUACAAUCUGUGCUAUGAUUUUAAUGUUCAGUCGAUGAAAAGUCUGUAUACUUAAAAUAUUUUACUUAAAGAUUUGGUGAUUAAAGAUAUUUGACUAUAUGUUGACUAUUAAAGAGCAAAAGCUUUAAUCAGAUUUAAUUAUUAAAUUUUUUAUUUCGCCAUAAAAUGGUUGCCUUGUGAUGCAAAAAAAAAAAAUGUAGGCAAGAAUAGAAACUAAAUAAUAUCAAAUAUUCAUGUUCAACUUUUAUAGCCAAGUCAAGAAUUAAAUCAUUCAAAUUUGACACUGUCUAGCAAUAGCCUUGUGUGGUGAGUAUUGCUCUCUAGUUUUGAAAAUCAGAUAAGAUCAGUUGCUUGUGUUGCUAUGACUACUAAUGGUGUUAAUUUAGUUUUUCUAUAUGCUAAUAGGGGCACUCAAUUGAUGGAAUUGCAGUCGAGUGACAGUGAAUUUAGUUCUGUCACAGUUCUGCUAGUCCCAAUAACUGACAUGGUAACCUGUUUCACCUGCUGGGGUUGGUCGAGAUAGUUUGGUAUCUGGUUAUUGUGGUUACUUGUUUAACACUUGGGAUUAAAUUCCAAAAUUAACCUUAGAAAUAUAUCACCAUUCACAAAAUUGAACAUUUAAUUACAUGUACAACUUGCACUUCAUGAAACAAGCUCCAAAGCUUGAAAAUAUACGAGUGUACAUCUAAUUAAACAGGGCUACUGUCUAGCAAAAUGAAUAAAUUUAUUAUGAUUGACUGGUAUUGAGCUCAUGUUAAACAAUAAGAAUGUAAAUUUCAUGAAUAUAUUUACUCUAAAUGUAUAAUAUUUGGAAGAGACAAAAAAAAAAAAAGAAAGAUGUACAUUUAUUUAAGAUUGUUGCAACUAUAAUGCAAUUCUACAGAUAAUUCUGAUAGUAUUCUUUCGUACAUUAUUAUAAUCAUUCUAGAGAAUUUUGUUUAAUUUAUAUUUAAACUCCAGUUAAUUUUUACUUGUAAGUAAUAAUCACCAUAAAAUUAGAGUUUUCUGUUAAAAUGCCUGGUAAUUGUCUAAUUAUGAAAACUCAGUUUGUUUUACAUAUAGUAAGAAUAAGAAAUUAUUAUAUUAUUAAAAUAUCACAGAAUAAAUAAAAAAACUAAACUGAAAGUAAAUAGAGAUCAGCUACAGCUAAUCUGGCUAGAUGAAUCACUGGAAUGAUGUGAUGUCUCAAUCUGGAGGGUAGUAAGACAUUAACAAGAACCAACCAGUUUUUUUCCAAAGGAUAGCUUGAACUUAAAGAUCGAAAUUAUAUAAAUUGUUCCAGUGGUUAGUAAUUGAACUGAAAAUACACCGGACAAAAUUCUAUGGAACACAGAAUUAACACAAACGACAUAUAAUAAAGAUUAGAGAAACCUAAUCUCAUUGUGGUCGCUUAUUGUAUUCCAUAGAAUUCCAUCCUGUAUAAUCUUGUUUAGUUUUGUAUUAAAAUAGCUGUAAUUAGCUUGUAUAUCUGUACAAGUUUGUAUGAAACUUGUUCUAGCUUGUAUCUGUACAAGUUGAUAUGAAACUUGUCCUUUCUCCUUUAUUUCUUGUUAUCACUGUAAACAUAGUUUGGUAAUGUAGUGUAGAUUAUAAACUUAAAUAUAAGAUUCAAUAAUCAUGGUUUCUUUACUUUCUUGGAGUAUCUAAUAAAACCGUUGUAAAUUGA